AGCAACCAGGGCCGCGGUACUGGGGAGCGGCGGCCGGAUCGUGGGAGCCGGCGAGACCAUGCCGGUCACCGGGAAGAGUUUCCGCCGGCGCCGGGCUGAUUCGGAGUCGGAGGAAGAUGAGCAGGACUCAGAGGAGGUUCGAUUAAAACUGGAAGAGACCCGCGAGGUGCAAAACUUGAGGAAGAGGCCCAACGGGGUGAGUGCUGUGGCCCUGCUGGUAGGAGAGAAGGUACAAGAAGAAACCACCCUAGUGGAUGACCCCUUUCAAAUGAAGACAGGCGGGAUGGUGGACAUGAAAAAACUGAAGGAAAGGGGCAAAGAUAAGAUCAGCGAGGAGGAAGACCUGCACCUGGGGACCUCGUUCUCCGCGGAAACCAACCGAAGGGACGAGGAUGCUGACAUGAUGAAGUACAUUGAGACAGAGCUCAAGAAGAGGAAAGGGAUCGUGGAACACGAGGAACAGAAAGUCAAGCCGAAGAACGCAGAGGACUGCCUUUACGAGCUCCCAGAGAACAUCCGCGUCUCCUCCGCCAAGAAGACAGAAGAGAUGCUCUCCAACCAGAUGCUGAGCGGCAUCCCCGAGGUGGACCUGGGCAUCGACGCUAAAAUAAAAAAUAUCAUUUCCACGGAGGAUGCCAAGGCCCGUCUACUGGCAGAGCAGCAGAACAAGAAGAAAGACAGCGAGACGUCCUUCGUGCCCACCAACAUGGCCGUGAAUUACGUGCAGCACAACCGAUUUUAUCAUGAGGAGCUCAAUGCCCCCAUUCGGAGAAACAAAGAAGAGCCCAAAGCCCGACCCCUGCGAGUGGGCGACACAGAGAAGCCAGAGCCUGAGAGGUCCCCCCCUAACCGCAAGCGCCCUGCUAACGAGAAGGCCACGGAUGACUAUCACUAUGAGAAGUUCAAGAAGAUGAACAGACGCUACUAAGGGGGUCCAAAGGGAGAUGAGCAGGACGGGUGUAAAUAGCACCGUCCCCUCCCUAAACCCUUGACAGCGGCUUCCCAGACAGAGGCGGACAGAAGUUUGCUUAUCCGCUAGCAGACAGUUUCCCAAACGGACGUCCAUCGGUCCUGCCGCUUACCUGCUGGAUCUCCUGGGCGCGGCAUUUGUAACCUGUGAAACAAGACAAUGUGGAGUCUUCCCUUUUGGGGGCAAAUCCUAUUCUUGUGUGAGCGUUAUAAAAUCUUGUUUGUAAAUAUACUGACUUUCUCUGGAUAUUUGCCCUAGGCCGGGAGGAAACAGCGGUGUUCGGAGGGAGAGAACGCCCUUUAGAUUGUGCUAUCAUUAUAAUAUAUAUGCAAUCAUGUCUUGUACUUUCAUAUUCCUGGAGUUCAGGAAUGCGCCCUUCACCGCGUGCAGUGGAGCCCAGCUCACAGCAGAAAAGUCUAGGAUGGGAUCAGGGGGACACUGGUAUUUUCUGACUUUUACAAAGUUACUGGUUUCUUUUCAUUAAGAAAGAAAAACAAUUUCUAUGAUUUUCAGCAUUGAAGUAUUAAAUAUGAAAUGAGUCCAACCCCA